AUGGAUUCAAGUUUAAUUUAUCAACAAAAAGGAAAAGGAAUGAACAAUGGAAAUAGUUCUGGAAAUUCAAUAUUGACCUCAACAUCAAUCAACAACAACACUGGCAAUGGAAUGAAUAAAAGUUUAAGUUCAAAUUUCAUGAUUUCAAAUAAUCAUUUAAAUAAUGGUAAUAAUUACAAUAAAACGGAGCCACCCACUGUGCCAACCCCAAACGGUUAUCGGGUCGCUCCCACAAAGAUUCCCACAAAAGCUGAAAUCGAUUAUCAUUUAGAAAAUUUUAUUAUGAGUCGAAAGAUUGCUUUGAAUGGGGGUAAUGAACUAAGAAUUGAUGAUAAAAACAUCUCAUUACAUCUUAAUAAUCCUUUUGUAUCGUCGUCGCCUUAUUCACAUCUUCAACAACAGAAAAUUUUUAUGCAACAACAACAGCAUCAACAACAACAGAAACAGCAAAUAUUUCAGAACAGUUUGUUAUUUAAUGAAACAAUCAAUGAAACGACUUUGAUGGCACCAUCAGCUGUCGAUCAAUCAAGGCCUAAACGUCCCCACUCAAUUGCUGUUUCAUCACCCAUUAACCUGAACACAUCUCUUAAUAAUGAUUUGAAUGUUGCAACAUUAAGUCGGCGUCAGAAAAUUACUACACCAAACAUUGUGAGUGGAGGAAUGAUGAACAAAAUUACGACAACAGCUGCUGGCGAGCAAAAAAUAAAUUCACAAUACUGCUCGCCCAUAAACUUUUCACAAUUAAAUCACUUUAAUGGAAACGGAAGCUCGCCAAGUCCGGGUCGUAUGCAGGCGCCAUUUCGGUCUCUUAAAAGUGAAUUUUCUCUUUAUACACCACCCUCACCGGUUAUUGUGAGCGAAGCCGAUGGUUUGCAACAACACAAACAACCACCAAAUGUUCCCCAACGGAGAUCUCAAAGCAUUCCACGUCAAGUGAUGACGCAAAGUUUUACCACAACAAAUGGUCAAACCAUCACAGGCGUACAAACAUUAAAUCGUCCUCGCAGUCUCGAUCGUUACAGUACCGUCGGAAUGCGAACCACAAAUGCACAUUCCUCCCCGCAUAAUCAACACAUCAGUACUAUGAAGCAAUCAGUGACAUUCCAUGGUCAACAAAUGUUGAAUCAGGCCUGCUAUCAAAGUGAUAUCUAUGAAGAAGUUGGUCAGCAUAUGAAAGGUGACCAACAACAACAACAGCAACAACAAAAGAAAGAACGUCCAAUGUCAUUUGCUUAUGGGACGGUUCCCGAACAAGUUUAUCUUGAAAAUCAAUUAAGAAUGUACCAAGAACAAUUGAAAAAUAUUACAGAAAGUAUGAAGAAGUAUCAGGAACAAACGAGAAUUCUGAAUGAACUUAAACGACAACAAUCACUUGAUCGUCAGAAAAGUUCAGUUCCAUCAUCGAAAAGUGACUCAAAACUUUCACAAAAUUUAAAACUCAACUCAACGACAAGCAUUAAUACAGUAGCUGAUGAAGUUCAAACACCAUCCCACCAAUUGAAAUUAUUUUUAGAUAACAUUCGUAACUCUAUAAAAGAACCUUCAUUUGAGAAUGACGUCAGCGAUCAUGAAACGGAUGGGAAUGGAAAAUUAGACGUGGCGUUGAAAGUUGUAAACAAAGUGGAUGAGAAAAUAAACGUCCAUCAGUCAAAACCGAAUAAUGUUGAAGUAAAGACGCCAUCUGACCAGUUACGUCUGUUUCUUGAUGCAAUCCGACAUAAUCAAAACAUUGAAACUCAUCAGCGGACGGAUGUUCCGAAGGUAAUACCCGAGGCCAAUGAAGAAAAUUUUGAAAUGAAACGAAGUGAAACAUUCUCUCAAGUCACCGACAAUAUCAAGCUUUUGAAUCAAGAUUUAGAGUCAUUUAAUGACAAGACAAAUGUCACGAAUGUUUCAAAGAACAUGGAUCAAAUUCUCGAUGAAUUCAAUCGAAUGGCAAGCUUGUUGAAGACAAACAACUCAGUAGAUUAUUUACAGAAAUGUUCCGAAGCUUUGAAACAAACGACUGAACAAAUUCGACAGAUGAAUGGCAAUAAUUACUCAUCAGAUGACAGUUCAUGUAGCACAACACCUGGAAGUAUUCGCGAAGCUGUACAAAAUCUCUUGUCACAACCACGCAAUGGCUUUCAGAUCAUGGAUGAUAGAAUGUCAAUUUUUAUUGAUAUCAUUGAACAACAAGGCAGAUUCAGUCAGGUAAUCACAUUGAGAUCUUUAUAUCGACAUGAAAACCUUUUUUUUCUGCUGUCGAUCACAUGUGAAGUUGAAAGUUGA